GGGACGUCUGCGGGCUCGUCGGGAGCUCUGGUGGGACGCCGGGCCCGGGCUGGUUCAGAUGGGCUGUUGGGACGCCGCAAUGCGUUUCCGAGCGCCCUCCGUCGUUCAACAGGACGCAGUGACCCACAUCGCCACCAGCUGCAGUGCAUCCGAGGGCAGUGCUGCCGGUUAUGUGCGACUGGCCGUUGCACAGGCCAACCAACUGCUCCGGAUCGUGCCGUACAUGGCGCUCCGAAGGUAUGCGGAGGCUCGCCGCGCCGCGCGUAUGGAGGCAGCCGAGGUGGACGAGGAAGCUGGGUGCAGCAGCAACAGCGACGAUGACGGUGACAGCGUUCGUGGAGCUACUGGUGACGACGGGAAUGUGCAUGAGCGCCGUAACCGUCAUAACCACCGGCGCCACAACUGCCGAAGCGGCCGCGACAACGGCAGGUCAGCAACGGCGGCAGCGGCGACUGACAUGCUGCUCCCCUUGGACGAGCUGAUGUCAUGCCCCCUCUGGCCCGGCUCCAGGAGCAGCAACGGCAGUGGCGACCGUUGCGUGGUGACGUUAAACACACAUCAGCAGAUUGGGGCCGUGGGUUGGGACCCCAGGAGGCCUGGAAGGCUCGCACUGGUGGACCGGUGCUCGCCCUACAUCCUGAUACUCGAAUUGGGAAGCGACAGGGGAGGAACGGGGGCAGCAGGGAGCGGAGGCGACUACCGACGGUCAUACCUCACAGCGGAAUCAUCAGACGGCGGAGUCAUCGGGGCGUUCGGCGGCGGAGGCGUAGGCAUUGGCGGAGGUGGCGGCGCCGCGCGGGCGCUGACGUACAUGAAGUACGGCAGCCUGUCAGCGCCGUACACGAUGGCGGCGGCGGGGCGGGCCAGUGGCGAGGGGGCUGUCGUACACUUGUGGGACGAGCGACGCGGUCGUACACCUGUGUCCCGCUUGAGUUGCCCCGGUGGGGCCCCGCUGGUGACUCCUUUGGAGGCUGGCUUGGGCGGUACGGCGCUGAUGGGUGUCGUACACCCUGGCACGCUGGUGUUGUGGGACGUCCGCCGCGCCUCCAGCACCACAGCAGGCGGGGCGCUGCUCAGCCUUGGGGCC